AUGACCUAUUUCUACAAGCCUUAUAACUUUUAUCAGAAUUCUUCUUCUGGUUAUCAAUUGCAUGAAUUUCGUUCUUCUUUUGAAAAAGCACGAACUUUCGAUGCUGAGGAUGAUUUAGAAUUCUGUCCUGCUUUAUCUGAAGAAGAAUUGGCCGCCAUAUACCAAACAACCGGGCUUUCUCCGACGAACAGUUCUCCAUCUUUGUCUCCAAUGACUCCUAAUAUGUACCCUAAUGCCAUGCCGACAAUCCAGAAUGGAAACUACGCCGGGAUGCAAUAUGCCCCUUCAUCAUUUCAACACAACCCAAGCAGCCGCCAGAAAAAGUCUUCGAGUAUCCCAAUCAUCGAUCCCGUAACUCGUGCUCCUGCGAUUUUGACAGGAUCUGCAGCAAAUUCUCGUUCGAAGCCGUACUGGUAA